GAGGGAUCUGGUGUUGUCCUGGUGACGCAGUGGGUUGCUAGGUGUGAGUGAAGUGAUGCUUCCUCACUAUGAAGCUGCUGCUCAGUUUACUGCUCGAACACAACAAAGCAGCAACUCAACGUUUCCAGGAUAAUUCCGAGCUGAACAACAACAACAACAACCACGACAGCAGCAAUGGCUUUUUGAAUUCGUGAAGCUGUGGAACCCGAGAUAAAACCGUGCUUUGCUUUAGCAACGCACCCCCAAGUGCUCUACAUUUUCCUGCCAGAAUGGAGUUUCAUUAUGCUCAUCCAGCCCUGCUCUCUGUGGCCCAUCUGUCAGACCCCGCUUGCUCUCAGCACAUGCUCGGACUUGGACUUGGCCUGAAUCGCGGCACCAGCAGACAGAAUGAUGGCAACAUCAGCUCCUGUUUGGAAGGCUCUUCGUGUCUGCCCGGCAGACCCCCUCGCUCUCUCUCACCCACAGGCUAGCCACAGCCAAUCACAGGGGUGCAGGGGGGAGGUGUCAGAGGAGAGUCAGCACUUAAUUGGUGAUGGUCUCACUGACUGGAUGACGGAAGAAGUGGAUUUCUCCUCGUACCUCCCAAACCCCCCUUCCCCUCCCUCCUCCACCAAUGCCUCCCUUCCCCCCUCACCCCUUCAGAAUGAUAUCCAGGUGCCCUCUGACUUGGAGGUCAUGACCUCCCUGCUGCAGGAGGAACUCGCUCAACUAGAGGACUACUUCCUGUCCGAGCCAGUGCCCGAAAAGGGGCCGAGGCUGGGGAAAUGUGACAGGGGUCCUCUGCCGGCGGGUCCUCAGCCGUACAAUCAGCUGCCGUAUGCAUCAUACUCGACAUCCAACCAAUCGGAAUCCAGCCCACUUCUUGUUACCCUGGCAACGGGAGAACUGGACCUGCUGAGUAUCUGUGGCGGGCCCAUUGGGCGAUCCAAAAUUCCAAGACACGCCCCGUACAGCUGCAGUCGCCCCAGUGGGUGUGGUAGGAAAAGAGUCCCUGAUGGUGUGAGGUUCGGUGAAGGUUAUGAUAACAGUUUGUUGAGUUCUAAAGGAAGUAACUCAGGUAACUCAGCGGUGAACCUGUCAGGUAAUUAUGGCUGUGGAGAAGACGAGCAGCUGGUAGGAAAGAACUAUUGCUUGGGUAGUGCAGUUGAAGUCAGACGAUGUGCCGUUCUAGCCAAAGAAGAGAACUGCUGUUUCAGUCAAGAUGUUAUUGGUGGUGCGAAAGUUGUUGGUGGAGGUUUUGGCUUUGGCGGAUCUCUUGAUGUCCCACACAAGAAAGAGGAUUUGUUGAUGUACAGUAUGAGGGAGGUCAGCGGAGUGGCUGGUAACAGCGAGGUGCUGAACAGUAUCAAGAGUAGUGUGGAGGUGACAAAAGCUACUGUCUGUUGGAAAACUGAGAGCAGCGAAGGCUGUUAUCUUCCAGCACCACCACAGCCCGAGGCCUAUCCUAGCUUCUUAGGCAGUGUCAAUGAACAGGUCAAGUCAGAGAGUCUACAGUUAAGGCAACAUGAUUUACACUGUAAUUUCCUUGAGGAUCAGGCCCCAGAGUGUCUUUUAAUGGCCAGGGAGAGUCUGAACUUGGAGUCCUCAGGGCACAGACCAGCAUGUAGGCUAAAGGAAGACCACUGUGAUGCCGAAUACGACGUGGACACUCCGGGUGAAGGCGGGGAACGCAAACAGAAGAAGAGAGAUCAGAACAAAACUGCCGCUCACAGGUAUCGCCAGCGAAAGAGGGCGGAGCUCGAUACUCUGGAGGAACAGCUGCACGGCCUCGAAGGGAGGAACCGGGAGCUCCGGGACAAGGCAGAGUCCGUAGAACGUGAAAUCCAGUACGUCAAAGACCUGCUGAUUGAAGUUUACAAGGCCCGUAGCCAAAGGCUGAAGCAGGACACAACGGUGUAACACCGAGCUCGAGCAAGUCCACUUAAAGAGGGAGUAACAGGGAAAAUGUGGAGCUUAUCUGAAUGUUUCAAAUGUUGUUUUACGACGGUGAGAGGGUAAAAUGCAUGCUUCGCUAAUGUGAGUUAUUUUUUACAUUUUAAAUUAACACUGUCCAAUGCUUCCACUGCUUUCGCACUCCAAUCACUCGAGCCUGCACUGUGGCAUUGCAAUGCUUCAAAACGACAAUCAUUUUUAAUAGCUCUCGCACUGAGUGAAUCUACAAAUUAUUUCUGAAUAAUUACUGUUAUUCAUUAUGCAGGUUUAAUAUUUUUGAUAGCCUUAAAUUGGAAUUGAUGUCAGCAAUAGCAAUUAGUAAUUUAUUUUCUAUUUUAAACUUUUAUUUGCAUUUACUGUGGCGCCCUUUUCAGUAGCAGAACUAGUCGAAUAUGUUGUUGGUACCAACUGCAUCAUUUAAUUUUCAUUUUUCAAACCAAAUAUUUUUCUAGAAUAAUUUCCAGCCACCUUUGAAUAAUUUUGAAAGUUAGAAAUGUAUUGAGGGAAUUGGUGACAGAUGAGGAAAGUAACUUUUUGUCCAAAAAUUUAUAUUAUUGUUAUUUGUUUGUGCACAAUUUUAUUAACUUAAGAUCUAAUGUAGCCCUAAAUAUUAUUUUGUUGAUUGGAUUUGUAUAUUUUGAGCAUGUGAAGGUCAAGCGUAUAAAUUUGUUGGAAAUGUUACUUUGCUAUGUCUACAUUUGUUUUAUUUUUGUGAUGUUUGCAUUACAUGUAAUCACCUUUUUCCAACGGUGGUUGCAAAUAUUUUCUUAAAAUACAAAUUCUGUCACCAAAGGAAAACUAAUUUAAUAUUUUAUUGUCUUAAAGGUGGAAACAUAUAUCGUUUUGUGGCAAUUUGUGAUUUUUUUCUCUAGCACAUUGCAAAUUGUACAAUCUGUCUUGCAGCUCAGGAUAUGCACCCUAUUAUCCUACACCCUUACAGAUAUCAGUAGAUAAUUGGAGAUUACAGACUUGUGAAAUAGCUCUUCUGUUCUUCAUUUUACACCGGAAAGAUUUGAACAACACAGGUUUUCCCAGUGGAAAGAGAGGGUUUUCCACAUGUACAAAUAUUGUAAGUAGUGACAGUAACUACCAAUCUUUCUCUGCAUGUUUUUCUCUCUGGAAUAGAAAAUGUAGGAUUUCAGAAAUAUGUUUCUCUAAACUGCUUGUUAAGGCAAUAAGUUUUCUAGGCCUCUGGCUGAUCUGCACUAAUUUGUAAUGACUUUUGUAUAAUCAGGGAGUGGAGUGUUUAAACCUUUUCUUUGUAGAAACUUAAAGAAAAUCUCAUUAGACUGUUUGGUGAAGCUUUUGCAGUGUUGGCUUUGGUGUGAAAGGAUACUGUCUAAAUUAUUUUCCAGCUCUUUUCUCAUUAUGUGCUUCAAAAAACUAACCACUUUUGUUUCUGUUAAACAUAAUUAUUUUUUCUACAUAUAUUUAAAACAUUGAUUUAUCUUGUUUGUUUGGUUUUGGACAAAAACUGGUGUCACACUGUUUUUCCUCCUCCCCACCCUGCGGUGUACUAUCAACUGUGAAUGUGAAAACCAAAUACACGUGUAGCCUGAUGACAGCAUAUCUAAAAGCACAUUAUAGGGAUUUGUAAAGUUAUUUCAUAAUUUAUCCAUAUUUACUUUGUGUCGUCAACUUUUCUCCAUUUCAAAAUAAAA